CCCCGGUCUCUAUUUGUCUCUGUUAUCAUUACGCUGAAUUCUAGCGCCAGAUUCAGGGUUGAACCAUUUUCAAUCCUUGGUUUAGCCAACGUGAAAACGUGAAUGCAUACCCAAGUUUUUCUUCGCAUCUUCAAUUUCGCACUGAAGAUUCGUAAUAGUUCUUCUGAAAGUUCGAGAGCAUUAGAAGUUUUAAAAUUAUGCAGAACGCAGCAACUGUCAAAUGGAGGACAAUUUGUCCCCCUAUAGAAUCAAUUCAGAAUCCUGAAUGCAAUGAGCCUCUCCUAGAUGCAGAAGAACCGCAGCAGGUCAUGGGAGAUUUUAUUAAAGAUGGGAGAUAUGCAUGGCAAAGUAUUGGACCGUAUUUACGGGUCAUUAGCUCAGAUGACGGCGUUGUUCGAACAUCCUUUACUUUUGGAGAUGCCAUACAUGAUGACAGUGCUCAGGUAACUUGUGUCAUAGAACUUCCUGAGGGACGCAUUUUGCAGGAAAAAGAUGGAGACCCAAAUUUUCCUCCACUCCUCAUUGUAGGUGUUGCAAGUGAGCUGAUAGGAGGUUAUGUUCAUGUUUAUCAUUCUGGAACUGGUAAAAUAUUGCGCUCCAUUCAUUUUAAAGAGAAGGUGACUGCCCUCAGUCUAAUUCUAUGCAACCCUUGUGAAAUAUCUCCUUUGUCUCCCCUUUUAAAAGAUAUGAGUGGAGUUCUAGCUGUUGGCACCUUAAGUGGAAAGACAUAUAUCAUUGAUCUGCGCAGAAAUGAUAUCUUGAAAGCCAUUUCUGCUCCAUUGAAGGAAGUGCGAAAUGAGAUCCAAUACUGCGCUGUGCAUGUAGUCAGUCCAGAUGAAGAUGAACCUGAGUUUUUGAAAGAUCAAGUAGAACUGUGCAAAAAAUCCGGGAAUCAUUUAGGAUUCAUCCUGAACGCAAAGAGAGAGAAAGAUUUAGAUUUUCAUUCUUCCACGUACAACAGUUCAAUCUUUGUGUCAAAAAUGUUGUACAUACCAGAGACUACAACUUUAGUCAUCGGAUUCAACUUUAGUGGUUUUCAGCUUUGGGAUAUUGCAGCUCUUCAGCUUUUGUUUUCUUCCAAAAGAUUGCGGAGUAAUACACCCGUUGUAGGACUUGGAUUCUUGGAUCCAACGGAUGAUCCAACAGAGGUAUGUUACCUGUGGGUACUUUAUGGAUCUGCAACCGGCGGGUCACAGGAAUCUCUUCCGUUUGGCACUAUUUUUAACCUCACUUAUGAGUCCAAGCUGUUUGUUCCGGACUAUGGGAAUUAUUUUGAGAACUUUCGAUCGAUCAACAAAUCUUUUGAGCUAGAUUUGCCCGCAUCUCUGGGUACAAGAGGUCGACUUGUCUCCUGCAAGACAAUCAACAAAACUACUAUUUUGCCGAGAAUCAGUUUCUUACCUCAGGCUGACAGCUCAGAUGAUGAAGGGCUCAGUCUGGACCUUUUCAUGAUGGUAUUUGAGUCAUGGUCGACGACAGCAGCUAACAAAACAAACCAUAUGGUUUUGUUUGACUUAAACCAGUGGUAUAAGGCUCAGUUUCCUAAGGGCGGGCGGCCUGAUCUUGCUUAUUCUUAUAUGACCAUCAAUGAACUGAAGACUGAAGCAGACAGCAAAUUGAUAGCUGUUUGUAUUGAUCAGAGCACUGUUGAACUAUUUGCGCAGUUGGUUAAUGUGGAACAGUUCUUCUUUCCCUCUGCACUCAGUUUUGAGUUCACUCAAAUGUCAAGUGAGCAAUGUGCUGCAUUCUAUCAUGCAGGUGCUCAGCAAUAUGCACUCCAACAGUUGGAAAAGAAUGGGCCUGCUUUUCUAUUGAGACCAUCACACAUCUAUGACCUCUGUGUAAACGUUUCCUUGAAACCAUUUCUUUAUGAAACGAUCCCAGACUAUGAACUCACAAGUACAGAGCAGAGAAAUUUUGUGCUCUCUUUAGCUUUGGAGUAUGGAUUAAUCAAGUUUAUCACAGACUGUAUUGACCAAUGGGUCAAUGGUCAGUUCUGCAUUUCUGGUUGCUCCUUGCCAGCGGUCAUCCACUGGGCUUGGGACAGAAUUUCUCUCAUCAAGCAACAUGCUGACAGACUAUGUGUCCCUUUGUUUGAUUAUUCUGGAACGAAACUAGAUACCAAUGGUCUUAGAUCGCUGGAACACUGCCGAGUUCAAAUGGUCAAAGCUCAGCAAGUUUUCAAGUAUAUCCAAGCUCAUCACUCAAAUGAAUUGAUUGCCACCAGUUUGGAGCAUCGAAUUAGUGCUUUAGAAAGAGUCUGCGAGUAUUACUAUGCAGUGAUAUGGUUCUUAAACACAGGUUUACUUCCGGAACAUACAACUAUGAUGCUAACAAAUCCUCACAGUACUAGUGAGAAUGUCGUUGUUCUUCAUAACAUCAUGGCAACCCUUUACAAAAAAUGUUCUCACAGGAGAGUAGAGUUGAAGCGACUUCUACUGAAAGUCAAAGAAGAAUAUAUUGGAAUGAACCUUUCAUCUAUUUCCUCCUUGUACCUGAUCGAUUGUUUUAUCAAUGAAGACAAAGGCGGCAACAGUCUUAUCAGCCAGUGGGAGAGAGAAAGCAAUGGUUCUUCUCUCGGCUAUUAUCCACCAAUUGGAUUACAGUACCUUUUGAGAAUAUUCCUUAUCCAUGGUGUUGAAUACAACACAAAGGUGGGAGUUAUCUUCUACUUCCUUCUGGACACAAAUGAUAUACUUCAAAAGGAGAAUGAGAGUUGUCAGCCUGUGAUGGAUCGUUUCAUGAAUUUUGUGUACGGAUUUGGAUUGAAAAAAAACCUUCAGCUCAUCAUUCAAGCUAUGUGGAAUAUAGAUAAUCAGCAGUUUGAGUUGGGGGUCAAUUUACUAGUUCAAAAUGAGGAUUGCAAAAGUGACAUCAAAGCAUGGCUUCAUAGGGCAAUCCUGAGGAUCCUGCUCUUCCACAAUGAAGUGAAACUUGCUCUAAAAUAUCUGCAAAUAAUAAAGCCACCAUUAGUCGAGUCCGAAGACAUUCUAUUCCAUCUGCACACUCUGCUAACCAAUGGACUGUUGCAUCAAGCAUUCUUAUUCCAGCGGAAGUAUGCAUCACAGCAGGAUAAUCUUCUUUUAAGACUUUUCGAAGGAUGUGAAGAACUCGGACAGUUAAAUAAUUUACUAAGCUUUCCUUUAACACUGAAGGAAGAAGAAGUCUUCAUUGAGUACCUAGAAAGAAGCAAUUUGAAACAGGCUAGUGAUUUGCGUGUAUUUUAUCUUCUGUCUCGUGGAAGGUACGCUGAAGCAGUAAGUGUUAAUAGUCAGUUACAAGGGUUCAAAGAUAACAUUUCAAGCCCGGGGUCAGUCAGUAACUCAAGUAAGCAGAAUUUGCGCGUCCGUGACACCAUUGUAGGUGUGAUAUCCAAGACAUUGCCCAGUAUCACGCAUCAACUCUCUGCAUUUUGCUCAGCGCAACAAAACUAUGCCAAGAAUGUGAAACAAGUUGAGCGACCAACUCCUUUGUCUAUGAUGGUGCACACCGAAAGUUCUCCAAAAAGUCUUCCUGCUCUACCCUACUAUAAGACAUCCAAUCAAGCUCUAAUCCAGGGAGCAAUUAGCAAAACAAAAGAAAUGUGGUCAUCUUUACUCAAGACGCCUGCAUCAUCCAAAGUGAGACAUCCUCGAUCAACCAUUGAGGAGACACCUUUCCUGAGAACACCUCGAACUUGUCAUAUGACUCCUGACCCAAUGGCAGUUUUCAACUUGUGUAAUGUAGAGUCACGGAAACCAUUUAGCACAAAACGGCAAGCUGAGUCACCUGUUAAAUCUGACAUUUUGCAUCAGGAAAAGCGAUCACGAAAAGAUACAAGUGGAACUUCUACAUUUAUGGAUGGAAAACUAUGGAAUCUAACCACAGAUCUCUCAGGAGAUACUCUUAGAUUCCUACGGACACCAGUUGUACAAAGAAAAGUUACCCCUGUCAAUAGUACCCAGGCAGAUCGUUCUACUCCUCUGUCUAUUCUCAAAGGCUCAAGUAACCAUACUCCAAAGCGAUCUAUGCCGAAAAGUGUUAGUUACCAGGCUAAGAAAGAUGAAAUUUGCAGCCAAACUCCUCAAGUUAAAGGGGAAGGAACCUCAGCAGCAAGGCAAAUACGUUUUAGUCUGCCAAAUGACAGCAUUGAAGAGUUUGAGUGUCCUAAAAUCUCAAGCCCUCGUGAAAUGGACAUAAGCCAAGGAAGUGAUGAUAGCAAGGCUAGGAUAAAUGAAUAUGCUGAAGUGAACAGAAACAAGCGUCAACUGAAAGAGGAUGUUACAUCUGCAGUGGCAGCAGUGCUAGAGUCUGGUGAUGCUGAUGUCACUCCAUCCUUAACCAGGUAUCAUCAAGUACCGCAGUCCAUUCAAAUUACCCCAAGGAAACCAUUGAAAGCCUAUCGACCUUCGCCCAAAGAUCAUGGAAUCCUGUCAAACUCCGUGAAUUUCAAAAUGUCCAACCAAAAUACUUCUGUGCCUGAACAGGAGGAUGACUCAAAUGCUGUGUCCAAUAUCAAGGAAUCAGUCAAAAAAUUCAUUUCGGAACCAUUUAAUCAUCCAACACUGCAAAGCGGACUCUCAGUGAGCCUCUCAUCAGCAUCUGACUCCUCUCCACUGAGAAAACCGAAUCAUCAUCCAAUCAAUGAUUUACAGCCGCCUUUGAUAGAUAAUAAUCACCCGAAAGAACUAGAUCAGUCAGUUCCUCCUUUCAUAGAAUCAAUCAAGGAUGGAGGAUCACAUUCCUCACCUAAAACUGAUAAGAAUAUGAGUGAUUUAAAUCAAACAUCCAUCAGGGCUCAGACGAAAAAUACUGAAAAAAAGGAGGAGGUCAAUGUAAUAUCAACUACAUCAACCACAGAUUUCAAACAAUCAAAUUCAAGCAUUAGUGUUGGAAAAAUAGAGCAAAUGGCUGUCGAUGAACUUUUAGAGUGGAGGUCCUCUAUCAAUACAGAGCCAAGCCAUGUUCCUUCUAGAAUUAUUUCUACUGCUAAUACCACCCCUGAAACCGAAUCAGGCGCUUCAUCAGAAUGUACUCCUACCCCUGCAGAUAAUGUCUCUUGUGACAUUCCGUUGGCUAAGGUGAAAACUUUUACUAAAAGUGUCCCAAUUACAAAUGCAUCUGAAGGAAGUAUCAAAAGCAACUCACCAAAAGAAGUUGCUUCCGAGAUCCAUCUUGACACUUCAUCACAAAAUGCCGUGUCAAAGGACACUCAACCCUAUGAAUGCAGCGAACAGGAUGAUGAUAUCAUCUGCCUUGACUCCUCUGGUGGUGAAACCCCCGAAAAAGAGAGUAUGUACUCUUCUUCAGAACUUGAUGAUUAUGAGGCUGUCAGUGAAUCAUCGUAUUCAUCAAGUUCAAGGUCCCAGAUCAUGGAAUCUGCCGACUCCACGAACACAAGUCCAGUUCAAAACAAUGUCCUUGCAACUUUGAUUAAUUUACAACCUCUGAACUCUACUUACAUCAAAGAAAAUUUCGAUGAAGAUGGAAGGGAGAGUAGGAAUAAUAAUGAGGAAGAAAACAACGAAAAAGAGUACAACUCCAGUCAUUUUGAUGAGGAGGAUUCUUAUGAAGAGGAAUUGUCCAGAGGAAAAUCUAUUGAAGAAGACACCAAUGAAGAGAGUGAAGAAAUUGAUGAAAGUAAUGAGCAGCUGAAGGAGUUUGAUCCAUCUCAAAGUUGCCGCAGCAAGUUUGGUGAUAAAGGCAUCAAAGACCAUUGCAUUGCUCGCACCAAAAAUUCACAAGAAAACCAGGAGUCUGAAGGCAUUUGCCGUCCUGUUAAUCAUCACCCAACCGCUGAAGACUCUAACUCACACAAAGUAACAAACCGACAAAUAACAGCUGAGAACGUUGCCACCAUCACCAAAGAGCAACAAAAACAGAAAGAAGCAGAACUAAUUGAAACCAGUCAAUGGACCAACUCAAAUUUGUGCUCAGAUUAUAACUCCUUCGCUGCAAAACAGUCUUCAGCAAUAAUUUGUUCAACUCCUGGACAGAGCAACAAAAGGAAGCAAUCCGAGGUUCAAGAUGUUCACAAAGAUGACGGUUCCUCUGUUCUCUUAGCCGUAGCCUCUACCAAAGACACACUGCCCCGUGGUGGAUACCCUAGUUCGUCGGAUACUGCUCAGGCUACAGUCAUCGAAAAUCUCCCUUCCGAUAUCACGCAAAAAUUCUUCGAGAAUCCUGUCCGAAUGAUCCCCAGAAGCAACAGCAAAGAGCGUGACACUCUGAAAGAAAGAGACGAAAGCCAAUUAAACUUUACCGUUAGUGAUAAUGAAGUCACUCUAGGGUCCAGUCGAAAAUGCUGCUGGACUGAAAGCGACACAGAGACAUCGAUGAAGGAACGAACAUGGAUGUUUGAGAAUAAAAUGCAUGAUCCUGGUGAUGAUGCAGAUGUUAUGCAUACAGGUGUUAACAAGACCCAAGAUGAUGAUUCUGUCAUACAAAGCACUAAGAAUGGUGCAAAUGCUUGUUAUAAUGAUACUUCUAUAAUGAAAGAUGGCUCACAAAUUGUUGAUGGUGUAAAGCAGGCUGAAAAAGUAGAUUAUGUGGAGCACAAGGAAGAUGUAAAUAGUGUAAUGCCCUCUUUUAUUUUUGGGAAUUUGAAGGAUGUAUCCUUGAUUCAAGCACCCAAAAAAAGUGUGCGGAAGGAGUCUCCUCAAUCACUCAAUGAAGGUGUGCCUGAAGAGGUUCCAGCAACUGCAAGUGUCCCUGUAACAGAUGAAAAUUAUGUUACAGAGAGUGUUUCAGGAGAAACACAGUUUCUAGCUGUAUUGAAUUCAUCGAGUAAAACUGAGAUUUUGGAUGCAGAGCAACUAGUGUUUGAAACUCCAAAAUCAAUGAAAAAAAACGAAAUACUACAAAGCGCAAAGAAAGAUGAAUCUUUGAGCGAUUCUGAGCUCAUUAUAGAUGCAAUGAAAAGGAAAAGUCGUGUAAACGUUGAGUCUGAAGCACCACAAUCUCUAAAAAAAAAGCAACACUAUCAGUCUGACAGCGAACUGAGCGUCAGCCACGCCCUAAACCGAUGUGUCCCUGAUAAAGUCUUGCUACAGGCUGUUAUGAAAUCACAGCUGUUGCGAUCAUCAGGCUCAAGCACUGGAGCAAAUUCCAGUUUCUCUCAGUCUGGCCAUCAGGAGACUUAUUGUGGUGACGAUUCUAAUAGUGCCCCAGGCUCUGCAGCUAAAGUCUCUGAUAGUUCAAGCAGCUCUACAAUUAAUCAUCGAGCAAGUCAUGCUGCAUUUGAGUCGUCAGGAGAAGCAUCUCCUUUGACCCCUGCUGAAACAUGCAGAACUGAAGCAUUUAAAGAGAAUCGCCGUUUUGCAGUAGAAAAACGAAAAUCUAAGUUGACAACAGUGCCCUCUCUUGAACUAAUCUCAGAAGUACCUGAGACACACCCUGCUGACUGUUUACAUGAGCUUACCCAAGAUACAAACAGGAGAGUCUCUGAACAACUCGAAUUGGAGUCUAGUCAAUCUGUCAGACGCAGUUCAUUUUUACCAAAAGUGUUCACAACUGUCGAUUCUCUUAUUCAGGAUGAAGCAAUGUCAAAUACCAAUAUUCCACCUAAAAAAAGGCGCAGUAUUCUUAACUUAUCGAAGCUGAAAAAGCCAAGGGAAAGCGCAUCAUUCAAGUCUCGGUCGCGGUGUUCAAAUUAUAAGUUCGCUGAGUUGGAUGUUUGUAAUUCAGAUGAGUCAUUCCAAGAAGAUUUAAUUACUGAUAGGACUAAACAAAAAGCGGCUAACAUUCCAGACACUCAUUUACCUGAAACCCCAAUCAAAACUGCUGAGACUGUCCAUCCUUCAGAGUUAAAUGAAAGUGCUACAGAAGAAAAACUCAACGACUCUAUUGCCUCAAGAGUAAGUCAACGUCGAACGAGACGUCAAUCCAUGGAAAGUUAUACCUCCAGUACUGAUUUUGAAGUGUCAAACUUAAAUGAAAGCAUUGUCAGCACAGCAAACUCUGUUAAGGCAAGAUCAUCAUCUAUUGAGAGUCUUCCAGAAUCAGGAACGACUGAUGUGUCUGUAAGCUCACAAAGCUCUCGCUUUAAGAGAGUUUCUAUCCGAAAUCGCUCAAUGUCGCUCUACACUACUAAAGAAUUGCAGAAAAACUCACUUAAACGUCGUUAUAGUGAAUUAGAUGUAAUAGAGUCAGAAGAGGAAGAUGGUCUAAAGGAUUCAAGCCCAGCAGCCGAAACCACUGGUGAACUUCUCAUUAUUACUCGUAGAGCGCGAAGCAGGAACUCCAAUCAGAGUGCAAUUUCAGAAAGUAGGAAGUUUUUGCCUGAUGUCAAAGGGGAUGAAUUGGCAGUGGAAAAGCCUGGAUCAAGAAUUUCAAAAGCAAGAAGUAAGAAGGGAGUGAAUAGCACACAAAGCAAUAGAAAUGAGUUCAUCAGAGGCUCAACAGAAUCCAAACAGCAGGCAAGUCGUCCCACCAUGCGCACUGAAACAUCCAUCAGCAAUGUAAGAACUCAGGAACCAGAAGAAUAUGUAACAAAUCGCAGACUGACUCGUCGCCAAAAUGCAUUGCUGAAGAAAAUGGAAGAGUCAAGCUCUACCUCUCUGGCUGUUCAUUCCCCAGUGACAAGAUCUCGAAGGUCUGUCGACCGUAAUACAACACCAACACCUAUCAAAUCAACCCGGAGAACUCGAAAUACUUCACCUAGCAACUCUAUAGCCUCUCAAGGUUCAAGAGGCAGUUCAAGAAUUUGAAAUGCUAUCAUUAUUAAGUAAAAGUUUGCGCCAAAUCAGUCGAAAUGUGAUUCUUGAUUUUGAUGUAACCAUUGAAUUUUUCUGUCUUUUUUUCCUGUCAUCAAAAAGACACAGUAAAAUUUUAAAUUAAAUUUCGGUAUUUUUUUUAACAACAUAAUGAGAGGGUAUGAUAGAAUUUUCUUGGAGGGAAAAGUUAAUUUUACAAUUUAGCGAGAGGUAUGCUAAAGUAGAAAAUCAUGAUUUUAUUUUGAUAUAAAAACCGCAGAGACGCACUAAAAUUUCAAUGCAAUGCAAUGUCUUUUUGAUCAGUUGAACAAUUGGUUACCAUUUAAAGGGUGACUGAAAAAUUCAAAUGGAGUUAAUUUAUCUACACACAAAGAGUGUUAACCACCAAAAUGAGCAUUUUUCCUUCAUGUAUAUGCUGAUGUCGUCUUGAAAUUUUUGAGGCUGUUAUUUGCACAACCAAGCGACAAAUCCAUCUAUGAUUCCUCUAGUUCCUUUCCUGCAUGCAUUUGUUCCUUAAUUGAAAUUUUGAAGUCACUGCUGACCCUUGGUCUAUGAUUUGGAUAUUGUGCUUUGGAUUUAAUUUUCAAAAGAACAGUAAGCAGCAUAUUCCGCCUCGAUUUUCUUUUAAUUUUUGUCGUUCAUUCUCUAUGUUCAACGGAUAAAUUUAUGGAUAUUCUCAGGGUAGUCCCAUUUUGAAAAAAAAUUUAUAAAUAAAUAUUACAUAGUAGGAGCGUUUUAAACGAAGAUUUCAAGUGAAGUUCUGCAUUUUUCGUCAUUAGCUAUCCAUUCAAAGGUUUUCCCGCUCAGCUUGUUUUUAAUUAAAAAUGUGUCCAGGCCAAGGCCUUCUGUAGGCAAUCAGAUUAAGAGUGAAUCAAGGAUCUGGUUCGUCAAAGGUUUAAGUUCGCCAUUGAUGAUCACUCAGUUGCUCACCUAACAACCUUCAAACAAUCAGAUGUUUCAAGUUUUUUAAUUUUUUUGUAAACUGAAAUAUUCAACCUUUUCAGAAAAGUAAUACAUGUACUAAAAGUAAAAAAUCCGCAUCAAUUAAUAAUCCCUUUGAUGAGUCCGCUGCACUGGUCACAGAAUCGCGUUGUGAUGUUUGAUUAUAGUAGAUCAACUAGAAAUAAUAAGAUCUGUUUAAACAGCAGCUCUCUACAUUCAAUAUUAACAGAGACAUCGUACUUUGAAAAGAUAGGUUUUUUGAAGUCAUCCACCGCAGUAGCGACACUCUUCGUUUCUCACUCAUUUGUUCGAUCUGUGAUGCAGAGGACGCAAUGCAAAACUUCAACGACAUUAAAUAUUAUUCAAACUCAAGAAACAGAUGGAUUCGCACUUCUAGAAUCUUCUUAUCAGGGAAUAACGCAUUUGACACAAAGAGUUUAGCUGGUCAGUCAGUUCACCACAGUUUUUUUAUGUUCAAUGUCGUUGAAGUUUCGCAUUGUGCUUUCUGCAUCACUAAUUGAACAAAAGCCGAAGAAAUUCACUAAGAGUGUCUAUACUGUGGUGGAUGAUGUCGAAAACCCGACUUUUCAAAGUGUGAUAUCUCUAUUAAUAUUGGAUGCAGGAAGUUGCUAUCUGGACAAAUUUUAUUAUUUUGAGCUAAUCUACAAGAAUCAAUCAUCAAAACAUGAUUCAAUGACCAAUGCAACUGACCCAUUAGCUUUGAACCCCUGCAAACCCAAAAUUUACAGCAAGUAUACCAGUACCUCACUGCCGAAAGGUACCCAACCAUUUUCCAGCUAAUUUAAGGUAUCAGGAGAAAACUUUGUGAUGUGAAACUUAAUUCUGCUUAAAUUUUUGAGAGGAAAAACUCUUACUUUGAGGUUAGUAAUCAAGUUAUAAGUUAAAUUUAUUUUUAAAGGGUAAGAAACAAAUACUCAUCAGAGAAGUUUUCUGGUACGAAAACUGAAUAAAAGAAGAUUUUCAAAAGCCUCUUUAGGCAUUUAGAUGCACGUGAUAUCCCAUAGUGUCUGUAAAAUGAAGCGGAACAGGUAUGUCCAUUGUGUAUAAUCAAAGUUUGUUCAGGUGUUUGAAUAUAAGUGAAUGUAAUAAUAGAUUGAGAAUAAAUAGUGUUCAUAUUUUAACAAGUCAUAUCAUGUAAAUCACCGGUUUGGGGAAAGUAUUGCCAAGUCUAGACUUAAGACCAAUCACAGGUCAGUCAUUCUUGUGGAAAAAUUUUGAGGCCCUAUUGUGCAUUUGGGCAAGAAGUUUAACUGCAAUUUUUUUUUUAUUUGCACAGACAAAAUAUGUACGAGGGAACACAUUUAGACGUUUUACAUGUCUUUUAAAAGAUUAAUUAAGUCGUUGAAUGUACACUUAACUAUAAGUUGAAAUUUUUACCGUAAGAAAUAAUUAAUACUACCUCUGAUUGAGAAGAAAAUAAACACAGAAUUAAUACUAAUUAA